AUUCGCUGAAACCUCGAUCGUGAGCAAGAGGCUGGCUAACUUAACAAUGUCAGCCUUCCAGGUAUAAAACCUGCACCCGAGGGCUGAAACGUCAGUGUUCAUCUUUCUUGCUCACUUCCAUCGUCUGCACAUCUGCUAUCUGCAUAUCCAUACGAUUUUACUUGCUUCUAUCUAUCAACAUGUCUUCCCGUUCUUCCGCGAUUUUCACGCUCGCCUUCAACAUCCUUGACGUCCUCGAGAUUGUGGCCUUGGUCUUCUUCUACGUUGCUGUUAUCAUGGCUGGAUUGGCCUUCGAUGUCUACCGCUGCCAGUUCGACCCUUCAACGGUCCAGGGUCCUGCUCUAUCCAUCGAUUCACCCAAACUUCAGCAAGCGAAGAAAGCAGUCUGUCCCUCGAAAGCUGCUUCUUCGUCACCCACGUGUACUUCAUCUUCAUCAGGCCUUCCUUCGUCCUCAUCGUGCCCUGCCAUUCUGGAAUCAUGUCUGGACAGCCCUCGUCUCGUAUCCGAUGUUCGGCUGCACUGGAGCAUUAGCUGUUCCGAUAUCAGCCCGCAGUUGCACAACGCUCCAAUAGGCCCUGGCCACUAUGUCCACGCCCUGUUUUCCGACGCGUGGAACGAGAACGCCGUUCUUCUGAAGCAGCUCCUACGUGUUCAGGAUGCUCUCGACGCUGCUAAUGCUGAUAUCGACGGGCUCGUACUGGACAACUUAACCAUGAGCAACCAAAUGGACCUUUUAAAGCGCGAUAUCGAGAUUGAGCAGGUUCGUCGCGACGAGGCUGAAUUGAUGUCCCGGGAUGCCACAGCCAAGAUGAGCUCCCAAAGGUCUACCCUCUCCUCGUUGCAAUCUGCCAACACUACACUCCGCUUCGAGAUUGCAAACCUGAAGGCCGAGCGCGACGAACUCGCAGCCGAGAAGAAGUCAUCCGACUUGCAGCAAGAACACGAGGAAGAAGUCCAUGCGUUGCGAGGAACACUUGUCCGAACGAAGCAAGAGCUCGAGGGAGCCAAGAGGGAGCUCAGGAAGUUGAAGAGAGCUGCUGCAGGAAUACCUGAAUUGAAGAUCAUAUCUCCCGAUGGGAACAUUAUAAACUACGCGAAUACCUCGAGCAGUACCGAUUCCUUGAACGAAGAUCGAAAUAUUUCAAUGAGGGAACGCCUUACGCUCGCGUACACAGAGAUUGUCGGCCUUAGGGACCAGUGCGCAGCUUUGCAUCGUCAUGCAGACGAAAAUGCGGAGUUACAGGAGGAUGUCAAGCAACUUCUCGCGCAGCGUUCCGGUCUCUGGGAUCAGGUCAAAGCGGCCAACAGUGCCUGCUCCGAGCUGGAGGAGGAGAACAAGAAAUACUUCCGCCAGUUCGUAAAGAUCAGAGCUGAGCUAACCAAGGUAGAGAAGAGAACUGGAAUUGCGGUUUCAGUCAUCGAAGAAGAAGAAGAAGAAGAAGAGGAGGAGGAGGAGGCAGCUCACGCUGUAUGCAAAGUUACACCGAGUGAUCAUGACUGUCGUUCGGCAUUUGAUGAUGACACUGACGACGAGUCCGUUGCUUCAUCGGUCUCGUGUUAUUCAAUGGCAUCCACGGACGAUUUUGACAGUGAGAUUUUGUCGGCUUUUGGCGUUUUUGAUGGCUGAUUGUCUUUAUAGUGUCCCUGCCCUCUGAGGUUGAUACAUCUCAUACAUCGGUCCCGUCCUCCCCGUGUUCUUCACUCUCCGCACCCCCUUCUCCCUCUUUCACGAUGCCCUCUUGGGUUCCGUGUUUCGGCUCAGAAUACAUGGAUAUUGCAUUCGACGUCGUUCCGAGCUCACCCCUUGCGGAUGCAAUU